AUGACCUUGGAACCGGGAGACCAGAUCCUCGCCGUGAAUGGAGAAGACGUAAGUAACGCGGCGCGGGAGCACGUGAUAUCAGCGGUACGGGCGUGCACCGAUCGGGUCACUUUACGAGUAUGCCAGCCGGCGAGGAGCGGCAACCCCAUGAGGAGGUCCGCGCUCCUGUCUGCGGCGAAGAGAGCCAGGCUGAGGGCGAGACCUCCGAGGGUACGGUUCGCAGACUCGGUGCAGCUAAAUGGAGCGCCCAUGUAUCCGCCAUCAGCUUUUUCUCUCGGCGACCUAUGUCUCCCGCCAAUGGCAAACGUCCUCAAAGUAUUCCUGGAGAACGGUCAGACCAAGUCCUUUAAAUACGACGCGACCACCACAGUGGCGGAUGUGGUGUCCAAUUUGAAGGACAAGCUAUGCAUCACCGCGAUCGAACAUUUCAGUCUAGUGGUCGAACACGUCAAGAGUUUGAGGAGAAACAAAUUGACGCUUCUAGAUCCAAAAGAAUCAUUGGCACGGAUCGCAGCCCGGCCGGGCUCGCACAAGAUGCGGUGCCUGUUCCGCGUGGUAUUCAUGCCCUCGUCGGCGGCGGAGCUGGCGCAGCGCGACCUGGCGGCGCUGGAGUACCUGUACCUGCAGUGCUGCAACGACGUGGCGCAGGAGAGGUUCGCGCCCGAGCUGCAGCCCGACGUGGCGCUGCGCCUCGCCGCGCUGCACGUGCACCAGCACGCGCUCGCCAACAACCAAACGCCCGCCAAACUCACCGUCAAGGCUGUCGAAAGAGAGUUCGGGCUAGAGCGUUUCGUGCCAAGCGGACUACUAGAAACUAUGAAGAGGAAAGAACUGCGACGACUUCUAGCACAUUUUCUAAAGCUCAACGCCCACAUGACGGGCGGGCAGCGGCAGCUCACGCAACUUCAGCCUCAAUCGAUAGCAUCGCUGGAGGAGGUGGAGGGAGUGAGGGUGCGGUCUGAGGGGGGCACGGGAGGCGCGGGCAGCGCGGACGUGGCCAUAUUCCUGCAGCGGGACCGCGUGCUGGCGCUGCUGAUGGACGAGCGGGACGCCACCGAGAUGCCGCUGGUCAUUGCUGGAUACUACCGGUUGGCGACCGGCAAGGAACUAAAUGUGGAGCUAGAGAGAGAGCCGGUCACCGAAGAUAUAGCGCCACCAUAUUUAUCUCAACACAACGUAGUGCCAGCGAAAUGGAGCUAUUUACACUAUCACGACCAAAACGUGCUAUCUAAAAAACACUUCGCCAUCUUUAGUAUGCCGCCUCCCUACCACUCAACACCGGACAAGUCUGACUUGGACUCAAACAUGAAUACCACUAUCACCAACAGAAAUAGCAGUGCCAACUCCAGUCCGCUCAUUGGUUACGACUCAAAAUCUGGUCUACUCGGUCACGACCUCCAUUUUGACAAAUGUAAAAGAGCCGAAGAAUUCAGACUAUUUGACGCCAAUGAUUCCUGUUAUUUAGACGACGGUAUGGGUUUCGAUCUUCAAAGCGUUCUAUCCAUGGAACUCUUAGAGAAUGCAACAAAUAACCCUAAACUAGUUGAGGCUAAAAACGAAGAAGUUUUGAGGAGAGUUGCGGAAAUGCAAAAACUAGUAGAAAACUCGGAACAAUAUUUGACUGAAAAUUGUGAUGUUUAUAAUGAUGACAUAUAUAAUGAUGGAAUUUUAAGAGACGAACUAGUAGGUAAAGAAACGAGUGUAGAUAAUAUAGAAAGUGAUACGGAAUCCAAUAAUAGUAAGAUGUCGGCCGCUGACGACGCUCCUGGUAUUUUGAAACAUAGUGACUCUUUAUUACUUUUAACUGAAACUAUUAAUCAAGGCUUAAGUGUUUUGACUGUACCGGAAACUGAGAAAGACAAUAACAGUGCUAGUUUAACUACAAGACAAUCUCAAGGUCUCAGUGCUAUUUUAAAUAAUUGUGGUCUAACCGACGCUUUAUUAGCUUUAAACAGUGAUCUCUGUCAUUCCGAAAGUGAUAAUGAUUCCCUUUAUACACCAACCAGUAGUCCCAUUAGAAAACAUCAGAAUAAACCCACUCCUAAUAAAAUUGUUAGAACUAGUUUCGGGUUGCAUAGCCCAGAUACAAUACAAGACAAUAAAGAACCAAAUCUCAAGGAGUAUUUAAAACAACUAAAAGAGAAAAGCAGUCAGGAAGAUACUAGAACAGCUGAAGUUCCGUUCUUCUAUCAAGAGGGUAUGGUCGACAAUGACGCGGAACUUAUAGACUUAACACUUAUUCCACCACCUCAAACUCCCGACGAACUAGAUUGUGCUACUCAAGUGCCUCAAAUUUUGCCAGUUGUACCACCCUCUUUUGCUGAUGAAAAAGAAAAUGUACAAACACCGAAAACGAAUGAACUUGAGGAAUUUAUAGCUAAUGUUACAAUACAACCACCAACUGUGAAAGUUACACCUGCAAUCGAGUUGACUCCAGAAGAGAUAUUAUCUUAUAUCAUUCCCCCUCCACCUGGAUCAAAUUCGUCAACUUUAGAUAGAGAUCAAGUUAGAUAUGUGAAUCAUACACAAUUACUUGAAGCGAAAAAUGCUCAAAAUAUUAAUUGCGAUGUAAAACAAAGCAACGGAGAAGUAGUUAAAGGCACGCUGAGUGUCAGUGAGAUUAGAAAUAUGUUCACCGCCAAGAGUUUAAGUGAUGCUAGAAAUAGUCUUUUACUAAAAGAUAAGAAUAAAACGCAAACACAAAAUAAAUCUGAUUCACCAAAAGGUAAACGAAAAAGCUUGUCAGGGGAUAGACAGUCUAAUGGAACAACUCAUGUAAUAGAAUAUCCAACCGUUGAAAGAAAAGGUAUGUUCUCAUGUUGCAGUAAAGAUAAAAAUAAAAGCGAUGACAGUUGUGACGAAUCAGAGAAAGCUGAAACUCUCAAAGAAAAUUCUGAUUCGAUGCCCGAUGUAUGCGAAAUAAGGCCACCACCUAGAAGAAAAAGUUCGGAAAUACGUAAACCUCCAGAGAGACCACCGAAAACCCCACCUGCACCCGCUCCCAGGCCGCGGUCUAACUCAUUCACUUGUCUGAAUAACGAAUUGACUGCGGUCGAAAUACCUAAUAGCCAUUUUAGCACUUUGAAUAAUAGGAAACUAAACUACAAAGUCGUUUGCGAAAUAAACGAGCAGGCAACGCGGGGCCCGCCUCAACUGCCGCCGAGAUUAGAAAAUAAACCUCUCGCUCCCCCACCGCCUCUAUUACUGCCUCCGAAAAAGCCACCUUUACCUCCGGUUCCUAGUGUGGAAGUCCUGCGAAUGAAGAAUGCACAGAAACAGUCUCCUUUAAGAAAUGCAGAACAGAGACUAGCCAGUAUCGGCUCCCCGCACUUUCAGCGGAAUUUAAACACGUAUAGGAACCUUGAAAACGAACACAGAAUUACAGACGAGGAGUCGACAAACAUCAGAUCCUCACAGAAUUACAGUUCGAUGACGUUGCAGACUCGACACGUGCGGUCACAUUCGGAAACGAAGAACACUAUUUUGAAAAACAAAGAAAUGACAGCCUUAUCUUUGUGUUCACCUCAAAUGAACAGGAGAUUCAGUAAUCGUCCUGAUCUUUUGAACGGGGCACCGACAAAUGAUAAAGUGUUCAGUCCGCCGUUGUCCGAACGGAAAGCGUUCCGCGUAGAGAACUCCAGUCCGACGCCUAAAGUCCAGAAUCACGUUCGAUUUAAAGAUGACGUCGUAGAUGAUAUCCCGACGCCUCCUUCGCCGCCUACUGUGAAAUUUCCUGAGUUUUCAGCGGGGAACAACGGGCACGUGUCAGUGGAGAGUUUGCUUUGUAAAACGGAGGUGGCAGUGGAGGGAUUACUGCAGCGACUUCACGGCGCCGCACAGAAAUGUUCGCACCAACACGCUCACGGCGGGGGAGAGGACAUCGACGAGAUUAAGUUCCAGCGCGCUCGAACCGAGUUGACCUCAUGCGCAGUAUCGCUGGUGGGCACGUCCCGCACGCUGGUGGGGGCGCUGGGCACGGCGGGCGCGGGGGCGGGGGCGGGAGCUGCGCUUGCGGACUGUCUCGCCCCGUUGCGACGACUCACAGAUCUUGCUCAGGGAAAGCCUGUACGGUCACAUUCGGAAACGAAGAACACUAUUUUGAAAAACAAAGAAAUGACAGCCUUAUCUUUGUGUUCACCUCAAAUGAACAGGAGAUUCAGUAAUCGUCCUGAUCUUUUGAACGGGGCACCGACAAAUGAUAAAGUGUUCAGUCCGCCGUUGUCCGAACGGAAAGCGUUCCGCGUAGAGAACUCCAGUCCGACGCCUAAAGUCCAGAAUCACGUUCGAUUUAAAGAUGACGUCGUAGAUGAUAUCCCGACGCCUCCUUCGCCGCCUACUGUGAAAUUUCCUGAGUUUUCAGCGGGGAACAACGGGCACGUGUCAGUGGAGAGUUUGCUUUGUAAAACGGAGGUGGCAGUGGAGGGAUUACUGCAGCGACUUCACGGCGCCGCACAGAAAUGUUCGCACCAACACGCUCACGGCGGGGGAGAGGACAUCGACGAGAUUAAGUUCCAGCGCGCUCGAACCGAGUUGACCUCAUGCGCAGUAUCGCUGGUGGGCACGUCCCGCACGCUGGUGGGGGCGCUGGGCACGGCGGGCGCGGGGGCGGGGGCGGGAGCUGCGCUUGCGGACUGUCUCGCCCCGUUGCGACGACUCACAGAUCUUGCUCAGCUUUCAAAGAACUGGCCGGUGCUGAAAUGGCGCAGAUUAUACAUGAACACAACUCCAAGAAAGUUCAGGACCAAAGCCAAGAAAACUCCACUCUAG